AUGAGGGCAUACAGCAGUAGCCAGGAGGCUUAUCUUCAGCCCAUCUGUGAAGACCAGACUCCCACCUCUGGGCCUGCCUUACCUCGCUUCUGCUACAGGCAGUACGGCCCCCGAAAGAGAAGUCCACGGGAAAAGAAGGGGGUGUUGGAGACUCCCAGUAGACAGCUCUUACUGGGAAGAGCGGAGGGGAAGAAGAAAGAGAAAACGAUUCUCAAGAAUCGAUGCAAGAUGACUGCAGAUACUGGCUUGGGCUGCAGAGCAAGGAAGAGAAUACAGCACACACUGGUGAAAAACAGACUUCGGAUUGAGAUUCUCCUCAUCCAGAUCUAUGAUGGUCCUAAAAAUACGAUACAAUGGAACGAAGUCCACUUCAAGUGUAACAUAGAAAGUGCCGGCAAAGGGGAGGUCCCCACUAAGUGGCCUGUCCUUCGAGCUGGGGUUAACACUGUCACCACCUUGGUGGACAAGAAGGCUCAGCUGGUAGGGACUGCACGUGCUAUGGAUCCCACUGAGCUGGGUCAUAAGACGGGGGUUCCCUACUGCACUUGCACUAUCAAGGGGAAGGCCAAGCUGGGGCAUCUGGCCCACAGGACGACUUGCACCACUGUCGCCAUCACACAGGUGAACUCAGAAGACAAAGGCUCUCUGGCUAAGCUGGUGGAAGCCAUCAGGACCAAUGACAAUGACAGAUAUGAUGAGAUCCUCCGACACUGGGGAGGCAACAUCCUGGGUCCAAAGUCGGUGGCUCGCAUCACCAAGUUGGAAAAGGCAAAGGCUAAAGAACUGGUCGCCAAACUGGGCUGA